AUGUUUUUUAUUAAAAAUAAAGUUGAAGAAGCAGCGGUGGCGGCGGCGGUUGCUGUAAAUACGAUUUUUGAUGAUGAUGAACAAGAAGACGAAGAGUUUGAAGAUUUUUUUCGUUUAGUAGCUGCAGUUGGACAGGAAAGAGUCGCACUUCCUGAAACCGAAAAUUAUUUCGAAAUUGUUGUUCCAAGAUUUCUUUUGUCAGAUUUCAAAUCUCAUUUCAGAAUGAGCAGGACAACUUUUGAAGAAUUGAGUCUAAUUAUUGGAGAAGAUUUAGAUACUCCACAAUCACAUGUUGCAGUAAUGAAAAAAUUAGCUGUUGCCUUUUGGUAUUUCGGAAAUCUAGAAGUUUACCGAUCAUUGUCUGAUAGGUUUGGAAUAUCUAAAUCCACUGCUUGGGAAUGCGUAAUUGACGUCGCUAAAUCACUCUGUGCGCGUGCACAAAAUUUUAUUCAUUGGCCAACAGAUCAGGAGAUUCCUAUUAUUCAACAAGAAUUUUAUGAAAUGGCUAACUUUCCUGGAGUUAUUGGAGCCAUUGAUGGCUCGCAUAUAAAAAUCAGCUCGCCUCAUUAA